AUGCCUUCUCAAGACUGUCUUCAUCAAAACACCAUCCAGCUUUACGGCCUUGAUCAAGAACCCAUUGACAUUGUUGCAAAACCCUGGUUCGAGCUUCUUUACAACGCAAACCCUCACUUUUUUUUUGAAAUUUCCAAGAAAAAUUCCCCACGAGUGGCCACGAAUACGAGUCAAACUCCCCACCUCUGCCGCUCAAUGGUCGCAAUUUCUUCCACAACUCCUACCACCUCCGACAUCUAUGUCGGUUCCUCUCACCUCCGACCAACGCCUUGGUCGCCUCACCUAAGCUCCGGCCUCCUUCCAGCAAUGUUGUUCUCAUCUUCAUAUCAUCUACUUUGGAGCUGUAUAUGAUUUUAUGUACAAGUUUGAAGCAUCAAAGUGUAAUGUUUUGGUUCUGGGAUAUGAGUAAGUUCUGGUGCAUUUGAUGGUGAAUGGGAAUCCUCAAAGAGAGGAAAAGUUUCAUCAUAUUUUCGUAGAUUGAAGAUCACUUGGUCAUCAGCAAGAAGUUUGUGCUCAUGUGCAGAUUCUGGUUCAAUAAUGCUCGUAAUAUCACAAUUCUUUUAUUAACUAUGGACCUAUGGCAUCAAACUUGCAAAUCUGAGAUUUGCGAUUAAAUAAAAUCUGUAAUCUGUCGAUUUCACUUUUAAUUUUUCUUCUUGUUCCAUCAUGGUGCUCAAUAGUGAACGAUGGUAGUGGUUGAAGGAUGUUCAUGAACAGGAACACGAUCAUAGAACAUGAAUAAAGCCUG